CUGGCCGAUCAGAAAGAGAUUGUUGACAAAUUAUCCCCACGAGAUAGCAAUGACGGAAAUCACAAACGAACAAUCAAUGGACAUAACAAGACACGGGCCCGAUUAGACUUACCUGACGUUGUUCCCGGCAACAACGACGGUAGCAAACUGUGGCCACCAGCUAAAACAAAGGGCCUGACAGAUUGUGGCCAAGCUAAUGAGGCGAUACAUGGCCUUGAAAUCAAUAAUAUAAAUGCUAUAACUGAUGAAGACGAAGAUGAUGAUGAUGACUUGGUGAUGCCAAACAUUGUUCCUGCCCAGAUUCUCUGCCCUUUGUCCAAGUGUCGCAUCGAAUUGCCCGUUCGGGGUCGAAAAUGCCGGCAUAUCCAGUGCUUCGAUGCCAGCACUUAUCUGCUGAUAAAUGAGCGCAAACCAAGCUGGAAAUGUCCUGUCUGUGAUGGUCCAGCUUCCUAUGAGGACUUGAUAGUAGAUGGGUAA